AACGCCUUUCUUUACCAACAGCUGUCUUCAUAUCUCCUCUCUCUAGAAACCCUUAUAUGUCUUCGGCUGAAGAACAAGAAGAAGAAGAAGAAGAAGAUCCUUUAGCUAAAGAAGAUCAUGAUGAUGAUGAUGAAGCGAACAAGAAGACAAUGACCUCCACUCACUUCACUAUUCUUCUUAUUACUAUAACCUAACGCAACCUCUUUGUUUGCUUACGAUCGAUGAUGAUCAACUCCACGCCAGAUCUCAAACGACCUAAGUUUGAAACCCUCACCACCACGAUCGAUCAACAACACGACAACCACCUCAAGCAGACACCGCCGCCGUUGUUGCUGCUGGACGAGCCGCGGCGACUGUUCCAACGCCUAUGGACCGACGAAGAUGAGAUCCAACUUUUGCAAGGUUUUCUUCACUAUUCUUCACAGCGAGGAUUUCCAAUCGGAAACUCGUGGUCAAAUCAUCAAGAUACAACCAUGUUCUACGAACAGAUAAGAGGCAAGCUUCACCACGAUUUCAACAAGAAUCAGCUCGUACGGAAGCUACGAAGGAUGAAGAAAAAGUAUAGGAACGUCGAAAGCAAGAUCCGUUCUGGAAAGAAUUACGCCUUCAAAAGCCCUCACGAUCAACUCACCUUCCAGAUCUCUCGCCGAAUCUGGAGAGAAAAUGGAAUAGCACAUACUCUUCUUCAUCAUCAACAUGCUGAAACAAAUCUCAAUCAAAUCCCUCCCCCUCCUCCUCCUCAAAACGGAAUUCAAGAAAACAACAACAGAUCCGAGCAGUCGAGAAAACGAUCAAGAACAGUGAAACUGGAAGAAGAACAAGAAGAAGAAAUUGCAGCAGCUCCAGUUCGAACUCCAAAUACUACUACUACUACUGUAAGUUCAAUGGCACUGAAUUCUCUACCAUUCGGAUUACUGAAUUUUGAAGACUUCGACAAGAACACAAUGUCAGAUAAGUGGAGAAAACAGCAGAUACUGGAAUUGGAAGUUUACUCUAAGCGUUUAGAAUUGAUUCAAGAUCAUAUUAAAUAUGUAUUAACAGAUCUCAUUUCCAUUGAAGGAUCAAAUCAUCUUUAAAGUUAUUAUGAAUGAGAGUGUACUUCAAUUUCUGCAAAUUUUAGUCUUUUGUUGUUACUGUCACAUAUA